AAACAAGCUCGGCGAAAAGGCUGCGGCAACUGUACGACAUCUAUGACAGCCCUAACAACCCCGACUCCGGUGGCUUUAGUUGCAUCUUAGAUUUGCAUUUCUUCUAGACUUCCCUGUAGAGAUCACGCCCAAAGGUGUAUCGAAGGCUUUGGAAUCACUGGCGAUCCAAAAAUUGCCUCCCAAUUACCCCGAUAUUCAGUUCGUUCCGAUCGAGUUCCUCUCCACGAUAGUCGCCUACGCUUUCUUUCUUCCCACAAAGAAAACAAACAGCCACAAUGGCAUCUCUCCGCUCUACCACUAGGCUUUUCGCCUCUGCGCGGCCAUCCGCUGCGCUCAGGAAGCCAGCGAUGGUUUCUGUUCGCUCUAUGGCCUCGGUCGGCGAGUCUGAGUCCAAGAUGAAGACUUUCCAAAUCUACCGUUGGGACCCGAGCCAGCCGUCCGAGAAGCCACGAAUGCAGACCUACACUCUCGACCUCAACAAGACCGGACCCAUGGUUCUCGACGCUCUGGUCAGGAUCAAGAACGAGCUGGACCCGACCUUGACUUUUCGCCGAAGCUGCAGGGAGGGUAUUUGCGGAAGCUGCGCCAUGAACAUCAACGGAACCAACACUCUGGCAUGCUUGUGCCGUAUUCCCACCGAAGUUUCUGCCGAAGUCAAGAUCUACCCGCUACCGCACACCUACGUGGUCAAGGACUUGGUUCCUGACCUGACACACUUCUACAAGCAGUACAGGUCGAUCAAGCCUUACCUGCAGAGGGAUGAGCCUUCACCUGACGGAAAGGAGUACCGCCAAUCCAAGGAGGAUAGGAGAAAGCUCGACGGUCUCUACGAGUGCAUUCUCUGCGCAUGCUGCUCGACCUCCUGCCCGUCGUACUGGUGGAACUCGGAGGAGUACCUUGGUCCCGCCAUCCUCCUCCAGUCGUACAGGUGGCUUGCCGAUUCUCGUGACCAGCGCAAGGUUGAGCGUCGCCAGGCACUCGAUAACUCCAUGAGCCUGUACCGUUGCCACACCAUUCUCAACUGCACAAGGACCUGCCCGAAGGGUCUUAACCCGGCCAAGGCUAUCGCCGAGAUCAAGAAGGAGAUGGCUUUCGCAUGAGGUGUGUGAGUACGACGGUGAUAGAGAUUGCGUUUGGGGGUGGAAAACAAAACUGCUACAUCCAGUGUUUUAUAGGCCUUGCUUUUAGUUCUCCUUGGUUUAUAAGUGUUACCGGAGUUGGUGUUAAUACUAGUAUAACCCUGUUACCCUAGCUGAAUUCGAGCUGUUCCAUUGAGUCCAAC